UCUGUGCGUCCCAUAUUGUCCCUGCAGUCAUAAAGACAUCUAUUGUCUUACGUCACUGCGUGAUGCGCGUAUAUGAACGUUUUCAUGAUAAACGAUCUUAUACGUGCGUUUUUACGUUAGAGAACUUCACCAAUUCGCAGGGGGCGGAUGGAUCUUUGUUGCUGAGCUUCCGGAUUUUAAACAGUUCUAUAUUUGUUUGCCCAUCCGAUCCGCGAUACAUAAAGCGCAAACAUGCUGGGCAAUGAUGACUUCGGACAGAGCGCUUUAAGUGGCAUCAGUAACAUGACGUAUGAGAAAGGAACAUUACCUCGCACGUCGCCUGACGCCGAGAAAGGAUUUAACUUCUACGACGCAGUCUUGAAAGCGAACGCUCAAACUAAGAAAUGGAUUGCCUACUCCGUCGUUGUCGGGAGCGUGAUUGUACUGGCGCUGUCGGGAGUACUCGUCGGUCUCUACUUGUCGGGAAAUCUGAAGAACAAGGAUCCCUUGCUGAAAGUAGUGAACGACCCUGCCGCCUCCGCGGGUGACCGGAACGCUCUGACAGGGGGCGCCAUGGGAGGCUUGAACGGCAAGAAGAGUCUUGAUGGCAGUCUGAACAGCCUGGGUGGUAUAGCUCCAUCCACUCCGGCACCGAUCGACCCAGUGCUUCUGAUGGCAGCCGCAGGCAGUGAUGUUGUUGACAACGUACAAGAUGCAGUCAGCAACAUUGUUGGAACUCCCAAGGAAGUCGUGUCUAAUGUGGUUGAUAAAGUUAGCGAUUUAGUUGAAACUCCUCGCGAAAUUCUGUCCGAUGUUGUAGAUAACAUCGGCGAUGCUUUAGAGGCUCCUAGAGAAAUGAUUGAAGACACCAUUGACACAAUAUCCGAUGUAUUAGAAGGACCAUCAGAGGUUUUGUCGGACGUGGCCGAUUCUGUAGGUGAUAUCUUGGAAAACGCACAAGAUGCCGUAAGCGAUGCGUCCGAAACACUGAACGACAGAGUAGAGGAAGUUGCCGAUAAUAUUGGCGACAUAUUGGAGGACGGUCCAUCAUCUGUUUUGGAAAACGUAAUAGAAAAUGUAUCAGACAAUAUUGAAGAUUCUAUUGAAGGCGCGUCAGAUGCUACUGAAGAGAUUGCAGACAAUAUCGAAGAUACAUUGGAAAAUAUUGUAGAACCAGACAGCAUGGAUGAUGCUUUUGAAAAAAUAUUUGGCGAUGUUGACACAAAUAAGAAUGCAAACUAUAACACGAUUGAUGAUGAUAAUGAUGAUAACACAGAUGAUGAAGAUGAUGAUAAUGAUAAUGACGACGAAACGGACGAGGAAGAUGAUGAUAACGACAGUGAUGAUGAUAACACUAAUGACAAUGACAAAAGCGUGUUACAACUAGGAGACGACGAUAGAACUGAUGAUACUGACGAUGACGAUAAUGAAUUUGACGAAAUUUUCGAUGGCCUAUUAAAAACCAAGUCUCUUCCAUCAUUGGACAAAAAUGUUGCUGAUAAGUUAAGUCAAUCAACAUCGCUUACUGGUAACGACGAGCUAACGACUGAUGAAGACAAUGGGCCAUUUUCCUCACAUAAUGUUGCAAACAGAGCGUCUCUACUGUCGAUUCAAGCGGGCAGCGUUCCAGCUGACACAAGUUUUAAUAGUGCUAACUUGGACUCGAGUACAUCAUUAGGCUUACGAGGAAUGUUUGGAGACAGUCAAACUGGUAAAAUGCGGUACCAAGCAGCUGUAACCAAUCGGGCUUUAUUUGCUUCGCAACCGGUCACAAAUCAAAAUAUCAACAUAGACAUUCCGAUGCCAGACUUUGGCCUUUCUGACACGACUGGUUUCCCCUCUUCUUCUGAGUGGGUGUUCAAUGAUAGGUCAUUAGUAAAUAGAUUUAACUCACUUUUUUCAUUUUUUGAUACUGAACACACGACAACAGAGCAACCAAUUGCUAGAACCGGACAUUGGCAAACAUCGUUUCCAACUCAUUCUUUUGACCCGUUCAGUUCUUUGAUGACGCAUACGGCCCCAAUAUUUGAUAUGAGGCCUUUCACGUAAGUUCUCUUCAAGGAUGUGUAUUGUGAUUGGAGAAAAGUAAUAUUUUACGAUCUUGGUGAGGUGUAGCCGUUUGCAAACGGAUUAUGCAGUCGGGAAAGCCAAUGGCAUCGCAAUAACGAACCUAAACAUGUUUAAAAAUGGUCUCCUCAUAAACUUGUUAACUACGAUCAUUAUUCACUGUCUUUCAUCAGAACACAGUUACCAGUUGAGUUAAAAUAUAUGCACGAUGGUUUUUACUAUAAUUGUCCGAAUAGUUAAUGUUAACAUGUAACAUUUUCUAAGGUUAAAAGAGGAUAAUGAUCCACUGCUCCAAAGUCGCUCUUGAUACGAUAUGAAUUGUACACUAUUUCCGCAAUGUUAUAUAAUGUGCUUAAUAUAUACACCGUUGUAUUACAGAACCGUUCUUUAUAACCUGUUUUAUUUUCAUCGAAUGUUCCAGAAUGUUGUAUAAUGUUUAUUUAACAAAACCAUUAUUAAAAUAUCUCUAAAAUCAUAGUGGUUUCAUUGCAGUAUUGAAUAUAAGUGCUUUGUACACAGAGUUAAUAUCUGCAACGUUAUUACUUUUGGAACAAAAUAAGAAGCAAUAAAGUCCUAACAACAUGAGUUUUAAUCGGGGUUUUAAGUCAUAUUUGUAUAGAGUUUUAGCAUUAUUUGAAUAAUGUAUGCAUUUUGUGCUGCUCAAUAAUGUGAGCACAUUAACCCAAUGAAUGAAUGUUUAUUCACAGUAAUGAUUGUUUAUUUAAAAAAAACAGAAUAAUCAAAGAAAACAUAUUGCAUUAAAUAAAUAUAAUGCUAGUAUUCCUUCAUUAGAAUAUUAAAUCUAGUUGUCGCAUAACUGUUAUAAGCAUGUGAAAAUAUUGUUUGUAUGUGGAUAUCAUUGAUUUAAUGCGCUCUGAUUCAUUCCGCAUGCUUGAAAUAACGGAAGAACACAUAGUGCAUGCUCAAAAACCUUUUUUUUUAUUAUAGUUGUCGUUGUUUUUGCUCGUAUAACUAUAUUUUUGAGAAUGUUAUUUCUGUUGAUUGCAUCUUGCUACAAUGUUACAUCAAGCUUUGCGCGUGUGUUAUUAAUUGUCUCAAAAUACAAACCUAUGUUAUUAUUA